AUGAAUGAAGGAGAGAGCAGAGACUUGAGGAAUGGAGGGGAUAGUAAAGACCCGAAGAAUGAAGGAGAGAGUAGAGACUUGAAGAAUGAAGGGGAUAGUAAAAACCCGACGAAUGAUGGAAAGAGCAGAGACUUGAAGAAUGUAGGAGACAGCCAACAUCCAAAGAAUGAGGGAAAUACCAAAGACAUAGAGAAUGAUGGAUACAGCACAGACCUGAAAAACAAGGGAGACAACGCAAACCCGAAGAAUGGAGGAGACAGCAAAGGCAUCAAGAAUGAGGAUGAACCGAAUAAGGAACAAAUUGGGAUCUUUGACGUGAAUGAGGAACAUCUGGCAGACUUGAAGAAUGAGCAACACAGCCUAGAUAGGAAGGAUGUAAGACACGCCGAUCUGAAGAGUGAGGGACACAUCAUGAGCUCGAGGAAUGAGGAAAGUGAGCACCGUGAAGACUCGGAUAGUGAGGAACACCAAGAUAAUGAGGAGUGCGGCACUGGUGAGCACAAGACUGGACUGGAGAAUGAAGUGCACAACGCAGACGUGAUGAGUGAGGAGAAUGAGGAGCAGGCCGCCGGUCCGAAGCAUGAGGAAUGUAGCCCAGACCCAAAGAGCAAGGGGCAUGACAGAGUCCCUGAGAAUGAGGAACACGUGAUAAAUUUGGAGCAAAGCACAGACCCAGAUCAUGAGGAUCCCUGCUUAGAACCGGGAAAUGAGGAGCACAACACGGUCCUGGAGAAUGAGGAGGGCAUCAGCGAUCUGGGGAAUGAGAAGGAAUGUAUACACCUAAAGAAUGAGAGGCACAGCGCAUGCCCGAUGAAUGAGGAACUCAAAACAGACCCGAAGAAUGAGAAGCCCGCCGCGGAUUCAAAUGAGGAGGACAAGGCGGACCCAAAGAAUGAGGACACAGUUCCAAAGAAUGAGAUAGAUAGCAAGGAUGUGAAGAGAGGAGAUCACAGCAAAGAUUCGAAUGUACAGUACAACACAGACCCAGAGAAUGAGGAACGCGGUGCAGAUCAGAAGAAUGAGGAGUACAACAUACGUAUGAUCAAAGAAGAGCACCAAACAUACGCAAGAAAUGAGGAGCAAAAAUCAGAUCUGAAAGAUGAGGAACGCGAAACACAUGCGCUGGAUGGAGGCCACAAAACGCUCCCGAAGAACGAGGAGUGUGAAACAGAUCUGAAGAAAGAGGAAUGCUUGAAGAACGAGGAGUGUGAAACAGACACGAAGAAAGAGGAAUGUGAAACAGGAUUGAAGAAUGAGGAGUGUGAAACCGACUCGAAGAACGAGGAGUGUGAAACAGACACGAAGAAUGAGGAAUGUAAAACAAGCUUGAAGAAUGAAGAAUGUGAAACAGAUUUGAAAAAAGAAGAAUGUGAAACAGAUCUGAAGAAAGAGGAAUGUGAAACAGGCUUGAAGAAUGAGGAAUGCUUGAAGAAUGAGGAAUGUGAAACAGGCUUGAAAUCAGGCUUGAAGGAUGUGAAAUGUGAAACAGAUUGUAAUGUUGAAACAGGCUUGAAGAAUGAGGAAUGUGAAACAGAUUGA